AUGGUGUUCUCAGCAAUGUUGACGCUGGCCCACUCUGGGACCUCAAAUGCUACUUUUAUUGUUUAUGAAAAUGCCUAUACGAAUUUUACCACUCCCCAGUUCUUGCUUCGUAGUGGCACAACGCAGCCAUUGAGAUAUAGUUCAGGUGCCGUGCUAACCACUGAGAGAAGUACUUUUCUGGUAAACACCACAGCUGUCCUGCCAUCGCAAGAAGUUUUCAGGAGCUUGAGUUUGCCACUCCAGAUCAUUCUUUCUGCUGCUAUGAUAUUUAUCCUAUUGGUUUCUUUCCUUGGAAACUUUGUUGUCUGCCUCAUGGUCUACCAGAAGGCAGCUAUGCGAUCUGCAAUUAACAUCCUCUUAGCAAGCCUGGCUUUUGCAGACAUGCUGCUGGCAGUGCUGAACAUGCCUUUUGCUCUGAUAACAAUCAUUACCACUCAGUGGAUUUUUGGGGAUAUAUUCUGCAGAGUCUCUGCCAUGUUCUUCUGGCUUUUUGUCAUAGAAGGGGUAGCUAUUCUUCUUAUUAUUAGUAUUGACCGAUUUCUCAUCAUAGUUCAGAGGCAAGAUAAACUGAACCCUUGCCGCGCAAAGAUUCUCAUUGUGAUUUCCUGGGCGGCAUCCUUUGUUGUUGCUUUUCCAUUAUCAGUAGGGAAUCCUAAUCUGCAGAUACCCUCGAGAGCGCCUCAGUGUGUUUUUGGCUACUCCACAAGCCCAGGUUACCGAGCCUAUGUGAUAGUUGUCUUGCUAAUUUCUUUUUUUAUUCCAUUCCUGGUAAUGCUGUAUUCUUUUAUGGGCAUACUCAACACCGUCCGCCACAAUGCAGUUCGUAUCCAUAGUCACCCUGAUAGCAUAUGCCUCAGCCAGGCCAGCAAACUUGGUCUCAUGAGCUUACAGAGACCUUUUCAGAUGAAUAUUGAUAUGAGCUUUAAAACUCGUGCCUUCACAACCAUCUUGAUUUUGUUUCUUGUCUUCAUAAUCUGUUGGGCACCCUUCACCACUUACAGCCUUAUUGCCACAUUCAACAGCCACUUCUACUACAAGCACAACUUUUUUGAGAUAAGCACUUGGCUCCUUUGGCUCUGCUACCUCAAGUCUGCACUGAACCCACUGAUUUACUACUGGAGGAUUAAGAAGUUUCAUGAUGCAUGCUUGGACUUGAUGCCCAAAUACUUCAAGUUUUUGCCACAGCUACCCGGCCAUACAAGGCGGCGCAUUCGACCCAGUGCCAUCUACGUGUGUGGGGAGCAUCGCUCAGUAGUGUGA